GCAUCGCCACAACCACCCACCUGAUCCUUCCGGCACUUUCUCAGCUUUAAUCUUUGAUAACGAACGACAAUACUUGUUGGUGAAAGUGAUCAAAUAAGAAUGCCACCUAAAGGUGCCAACUCUAAGAAAGAACAAGGGAAUGCUAGAAAGGCGGAAAACGAGGAAAAGAAAAAGGCUGCUGCUGCCGCCGAGAAAGAGAAGAAGGAAGCCGAAGAUUGGUCCAAAGGCACGAAACGGGCAAACAAGUCGAGAGAGGAGAAGGACGCGAAGAAAGCAGCCGAUGCUGCACGUAAAGCUGAGAACGCUCGAUUGAUAGCCGAGGAAGAGGCAUCGAUACCGACAAAGAAACCCACACCAAAGGCCACGAAGGGUGCGGGAUCAACGGGCAAGAAGUCCGCCACGCCUUCUAGACCCGCUGGUCCAGGCGCGAUUGCAGUAGGGGGUGGUAUUGGUUCCGUUUCUGACUCACUGGAGGCCUCCUCUGAAAAGGGUGAAUCCAAGGAGAAAGAUGAUUCAGGAGAGGGCGAAGCAAUCGAGAGUUAUACUGCAACAGGGUUGGACGAAGCUCUUGAGAUGAUGACGCUUGUGACAGCCAAGACAGAUAAAGCAUCUCUUGGGCAGCAGGCGGCCAAGCUCGAGGCUCAUCCGGAACGACGUUUCAAAGCCGCAUUCGAGACGUACCUGAAGCGGGAACUUCCCGAAAUAAAGCAGGAGCAUCCUGGUUUACGAUCCACUCAAUAUAGAGAACUCCUCUUCAAGAAAUUCCAGAAAGCACCAGAGAAUCCGUUCAAUCAAACACUUGUCGCAUACAACGCAACGAAUGAGGAUAAAGUUUCCGCGCUCAACGAUGAGCGCGAGCGAGCUGAAGAACGGUUACGCUCGAAAGAUUGAGGCUUCGGUACGCAUGGCCGAGCUGAAUUGAUGACGGCGAUGUGCGAAUGGACUGUUAUCUGUUUUCAAAUAGCGUAACUUUAUCUCUCGAUGUCACGGUUACCCAAGCCUGGAGAAUAUUCGGCAAGUAAGGAGCUUUUCACACUGUUUGUUCAACAAAAUGUUUCACUUGCUGGGGAACGAACGAACGACCGACCGACCGACCGAUAUCCUGUUGUGGCGUCUGACUCUGUCCCGAUAACCAUUGAUCCCAACUUGGUAGAUACCACGACUUGCAUGAUUGCACUUCUUCGAGAUAACAAUGCGUCAUUGAGCUGAUGAUCGUCUUCAAAGCAAAAGUCUUUCUAUCACCUAAAUGUACAUUUGGAUUCUCGUGUUAAUUUACAUUCAGAGAAGUUUCAACAGACGGACUCUAGACAGG